GAACAUCCAGGGUGCUGCGAAUACCUGGCCGCCGGAAUCAAAGACCAUCACGCCUACCACGACCCAUCGCUCGCUUACGCCACACGUCAUCAUGUCUUCCAAGGCGCAGUACUUCCGACCUUCUCGCACAGAGGACUGGGAGCCAUACAGGGCCGUCAUCGAAGCCCUGUACAAGGAGAAGAAACUCAAGGAUGUCAUGGACACGAUGGAGACUUCGUACUCGUUCAAGGCCACGACUCGCCAGUACAAGAUCAAGAUCAAGGAGUGGGGCCUCGACGACAAGUACAUCAAGACCUCGGAAUACCUGGGCAUCCUCAAGGUCAAGAGGAGGCGUGAGCGGGAGGACCCCAACAGGGACACCAUGUUCUGGCUCCGGGGCAAGCAGGUCGACCCGGCCUCCAUCACGCGCUUCGAGACCCGAGCCACGAAGCGAGGGCUCAUCACGGACAGCGACACGCUCUCAGACCGAGACUCGCUCGGGGACGACCUCCAGUACAUGACGCCGACCGAAGACUACGAUGAGGACAUAACGAGUUACGAAGACUACUACGCCGCAUACGAGACCCGGGGGCAGUCCUCCUCCUCCUACCAGUACUCGACCGGUCGCUAAUCAAGGCGGUGGGGGUGAUGU